AUGUAUUCAAUAGUGACCACAUUCAUACUUCUGGUAAGACAAGUGAAUGGUCAAUAUGGUGAAUUAGCAUCGUUGAUCGGUGGUACUCUCACACCGGGCCUUUUUGGUAAUGCAGCUAGCGGUGCAGCUGGAACCGCCUCAGGUCUCCUCGGCAAUAUUGGAACAUUGUAUCAAAUUGCUCAAGGUGCAUUACAAUUAACAGGUACCGGUGUCGGUAUUCUGAAUCAAGCCGCAGAAGGAAAAUGGUUCAAUACGGUUGUUGAAGAAGCUAGAAAUGUAAGUUUCUUACUUCUAGCACUUGUUAAAGAGGCGCAAAAUGAAAAAGGACUUCGCUAUAUGUAA